GUGCCGCUGGUAUUUACUCUGGACAAGUCUCGGGUGGACUGCCACAGCUUGGGGAAACUCACCUCGCUGGGGACACACCCGACCCUAACAGCCACCCUGGGGGGAAACUGAGGCUCCACAGGCCUUCCCCACAGCCGUUCCCCCGCCUCCGACUCUCGUCUGUGGGCCUUCCUGCUGAUUUCUGGGUCCGGCCUAAGCAACGCGCUCAGUUCGCAAAGCUCCAGAGGCCCGAGUCACCAUUUCCGGCUCAAACCUCUACCGGGGAACGUGACUGCCUACAGCCACGCCUACAACGCCCCCAACGGCUCGCACCGAAAGGACACGGGACUGGCAGGAGAGCCACGGUGGUUUCCUGCUCGCCCCGACCCGGAGGAACCCAGAAGUGUUCCCUGGCCCCCACCUCAGACCCGAGAGCGCUGAGGUACCACGAGCAAGCCGCCUCCAGGGUGGCGUUCGGCUGGGCCUAGUCGAGCCUAGCACCCUUCGCUCCUCCCAGAGGGCCGCCUCGGCUGCCCCGUCCGGCCCCGACCGGGCGGUGCCCGGCUGGGUUCCCGGAGGUCGGACUCCCUCAUAGGCCCGUGGCGCCCCGCCCGCCCAGGCCGGGCCGCCGAGGGCGGGCGGAGCCAGCGGGUUCGCGCCAAAAUCGCGUAGCUGAUCCCUCCCCCGCGGGCUACGUCGCGCCCUCCUUUUUUUUCAAACCCCGGGCUGGGCGGGGAUUGGUGGGCUGGGCACUCACGUGGUUAACGGUCGCGGGAAGCCGCGGAGCCCGAACCUGCGGCUGGACCUGCGGGGACACCAGCCUCGGCGCCCGGGCCGCCCCGCCUCCGCUGGACAGUCCGCGCCGCCGCUGCCGACCCCCGCCACCGCCGCCCGCAGUCCCGAGCGCUCCGGAGCCGCAGCCCGCCGCCGCGCAAGUCCGCCACCGCGGCGACCAGGCGCGCCCAGUCGCACGUGGCGGACCCGCCCCCUAGGCCGUCCCGAGUCCUCGACUCCGCGGGCUUCGGCUCUCCGGUCCUCGGCCCCGGCCCCAGGGCGAGAUGAGCUUCCUAAGCCGGCAGCAGCCGCCACCGCCCCGCCGUCCCGGGGCUUCUUGCACUUUGCGGCAGAAGCUGAUCUUCUCGCCCUGUAGCGACUGUGAGGAGGAGGAGGAGGAGGAAGAGGAGGAGGGCAGCGGCCACAGCACGGGGGAGGACUCGGCCUUUCAAGAGCCUGACUCUCCACUGCCGCCCGCGCGGAGCCCCACAGAGCCCGGGCCCGAGCGCCGCCGCUCGCCCGGCCCGGCCCCCGGCAGCCCCGGGGAGCUGGAGGAGGACAUGUUGCUGCGAGGCGCCUGUCCGGGCGCGGACGCGGCGGGCGGCGGAGCCGAGGGCGACUCAUGGGAGGAGGAGGGCUUCGGCUCCUCAUCGCCGGUCAAGUCGCCGGCAGCCGCCUACUUCCUGGGCAGCUCGUUCUCGCCGGUGCGCUGCGGCGGCUCGGGGGACGCGUCCCCGCGCGGUUGCGGGGCGCGCCGGGCUAGCGAGGGCCCCUGCUCGCCGCCGCCGGACCACCCCGGCACCCCGCCGCACAAGACCUUCCGCAAGCUGCGGCUCUUCGACACGCCGCACACGCCCAAGAGUUUGCUCUCCAAAGCUCGAGGAAUUGAUUCCAGCUCUGUUAAACUCCGAGGUGGUUCUUUGUUCAUGGAUACAGAAAAAUCAGGAAAAAGGGAAUUUGACAUGCGACAGACUCCUCAAGUGAAUAUUAAUCCUUUUACCCCAGAUUCUGUGUUACUUCAUUCCUCAGGACAGUGUCGUAGAAGAAAGCGAACACAUUGGAAUGAUUCUUGUGGUGAAGAUAUGGAAGCCAGUGAUUAUGAGUUUGAAGAUGAAACAAGACCUGCUAAAAGAAUCACAAUUACUGAAAGCAAUAUGAAGUCACGGUAUACAACAGAAUUUCAUGAGCUAGAGAAAAUUGGCUCUGGAGAAUUUGGUUCUGUGUUUAAGUGUGUGAAGAGGCUGGAUGGAUGCGUUUAUGCCAUUAAGCGAUCAAAAAAGCCAUUGGCUGGCUCCGUCGAUGAGCAGAACGCUUUGAGGGAAGUAUAUGCCCAUGCAGUGCUUGGACAACAUUCUCAUGUAGUUCGAUAUUUCUCUGCAUGGGCAGAAGAUGAUCAUAUGCUUAUACAGAAUGAGUAUUGUAAUGGUGGAAGUUUAGCUGAUGCCAUAAGUGAAAACUAUAGAAGCAUGAGUUACUUUACAGAAGCAGAGUUGAAGGAUCUCCUUUUGCAAGUUGGCCGGGGCUUGAGGUAUAUUCAUUCAAUGUCUUUGGUUCACAUGGAUAUAAAGCCUAGCAAUAUUUUCAUAUCUCGAACCUCAAUCCCAAAUGCUGCCUCUGAAGAAGGAGAUGAAGAUGACUGGGCAUCAAACAAAGUAAUGUUUAAAAUAGGUGAUCUUGGUCAUGUAACAAGGAUCUCUAGUCCACAAGUUGAAGAGGGUGAUAGCCGUUUUCUUGCUAAUGAAGUUUUGCAGGAGAACUAUACCCAUCUACCCAAAGCGGAUAUUUUUGCCCUUGCCCUCACAGUGGUGUGUGCUGCUGGUGCUGAACCUCUUCCUAGAAAUGGAGAUCAAUGGCAUGAAAUCAGACAGGGUAGAUUACCUCGGAUUCCACAAGUGCUUUCCCAAGAGUUUACAGAGUUGCUAAAAGUUAUGAUUCAUCCAGACCCAGAGAAAAGACCUUCAGCAAUGGCACUGGUAAAACAUUCAGUAUUGCUAUCUGCUUCUAGAAAAAGUGCAGAACAAUUACGAAUAGAAUUGAAUGCUGAAAAAUUCAAAAAUUCUCUUUUGCAGAAAGAACUCAAGAAAGCCCAGAUGGCAAAAGCUGCAGCUGAGGAAAGAGCACUCUUCACUGAUCGGAUGACCACUAGGUCCACCACCCAGAGUAAUAGAACAUCUCGACUUAUUGGAAAGAAAAUGAACCGCUCUGUCAGCCUUACCAUAUACUGAACUACUCAUUUCCCACCUCCCCCAAAAAACUGUGACAAGAGGAAGCUAGGUUGAAAUCACUGCUAGAAUCCAGUUUGCAAAUUACUUUCUCAAUCGGUGUCAGUAGUUUUACUGAAAUACCUUUAGGACUUUUACUUGUGAAUUACAGUUGAAAGCUGUAUUUUGACCAGUGCUAUAUCAGGCUUUCGUCUAGUCUUAUUAGUCUGUCUUCUGUAGGAUGUCAGUCACUGUUGGAUGUUACACCAGCCUUUCCAGGGUUAACCACUGUGGUGGUGUGCUGCUUAUGGUUUGCUGUUGCAUUGUAAUAAAAGGUGACUUUCCCUGUAGUGACCUGUAAAAAGGACUCAAGGGCUUUAUUACAAACAUAUUCUCCCUUUGAAAAGGGAAAUGCUAAGAGACUCAGUACUACUCAGCCUUCAGUGUACCUGUGUGUCAAUCUUAUAUUUCUUUUUUUUUUUUAAUUGUGAAUUAUACUUGUAUAUCCAACUGGGAGCACUUUGUAGGCACUGCAUGAACCAUGGAAUGAUAAUUCUGUGGAAGUAUUGCCUUGUGAAUUUGCUGCUAUUUUAGUUUUGUCCUUGCUGUAAAAUUGUAGCAUUAAACAAUCAUUGUUGUUAAUAGGCUUUUUUGGAAAACAAUUAUGUGAAAUAUGUAGCUGCUCUUGAUGACAAGCAGCUAUUUGCCUUUUUUUCCUUUGAACUUUGAAGCUAGUGCAUUGGAGUAAUGCACCUUUUUCUUCCCUUUUGGAUUGCUGUAUUAAUGUAGUAUAAUUAUUACUGGUUUUGUAAUUUUUCCUGAUAAUGCCCUUCCCUGACCCUUUUUAAAAAUGUUCUCUCCCUCCACCCAAGUUUUGUACUUGAUUGUAUUGUUAGUCUGUUUUUAAAUGUUUUCCCCGGUUUCUCUUCAAUAUUUGUGUAUAUAAACUAAUCUUGGCGAUAGUGUACAUAGCUGUUUGUAAUGCCAGAAUGACUUCUGACUAUUCCAAGCUUUUCACAAAAUAUAUUUUAUCAAUGAUUAGCCAUUUGACUAAUAAUACUGGCUAACCAGACAUUGCAGAAGCAAAAACAAUAUAGAAUUUGUCUGUCGUAUGUUUGCCUAUUAAUUUUGGUUUGAAACAUGUUUGCACAUGUCUGCUUGACUUGUGUUUUACUAACAUUGAUUGGCAUAUUAAAAGUCACUCUGAGCUUA